UGCACUGAGGUGCUCAGGGCUCCUUAGCCGGGCCCAGGGUGUGCAGUCCAGGCUGGGAUUUAUGCUUCUUCAAGAGAAAGCAUGGCUAGGCCGUGGGUGCUGCUUCUAGUGGGCUUCCUUCUCCCUGGGAUCCUGUUCUCGGAGGCUGCAAAAAUCCUGACAAUGUCUACACUGGGUGGAAGCCAUUAUCUACUCACGGGCCGGGUCUCUGAGAUUCUUCAAGAUCAUGGUCAUAAUGUCACCAUGCUUCGUCAGAGAGGAAGUUCAUUUAUAUCAGAUUUUAAAGAGGAAGAAAAAUCAUACCAAGUUAUCAGUUGGCUUCUGCCUGAAGACUAUCAAGAGGAAUUUAAUAAGAUUAUAAGUUUGUUUGUGAAAGAAGUUUACAAUGAGAGGGAUUCGUUUGAAAACUUUUUAAAGUUUGUGGAACAACUGGGAUUUCAGUGCAGUCAUUUGCUAAGCAGAAGCGAUAUCAUGGAUUCCUUAAAGAAUGAGAACUUCGACCUGGUGAUAGUUGACAGUUUUGACUACUGCCACUUCCUGAUUGCUGAGAAGCUUGGCAAGCCAUUUGUGUCCAUUCUUCCUGCUACAUUUGGCACUUUGGACUUUGGGCUUCCAAGCCCCUCGUCUUAUGUUCCAGUAUACAAUUCCUUGUUAACUGACCACAUGGACUUCUGGGGCCGUGUGAAAAACUUUUUGACUUUCUUUACUUUCUCCAGGAAGCAAUGGCAAUUUCAGUCUAUAUAUGACAAUAUCAUCAAGGAGCAUUUCCCAGAAGGCUCGAGGCCAGUUUUAUCUCGUCUCCUACUGAAAGCAGAGCUGUGGUUUGUUAACUCUGACUUUGCGUUUGAUUUUGCCCGGCCCCUGCUUCCCAACACUGUUUAUGUUGGAGGCUUGAUGGCCAAACCCACUAAACCAGUACCACAAGACUUGGAGAACUUCAUUGCCAGGUUUGGGGACUCUGGUUUUGUCCUUGUGACUAUGGGCUCCUGGGUGAACAUCACUAGCCUCCAGGAAGUCCUUAAGGAGAUGAACAGUGCCUUUGCCCACCUUCGCCAAGGGGUGAUAUGGAAGUGUAAGCAUUCCGACUUACCCAAAGAUGUCAACGUGGCCCCAAAUGUGAAACUCGUGGACUGGCUUCCUCAGAGUGACCUCCUGGCUCACCCCAGCAUCCGUCUGUUUGUCACCCAUGGCGGGCAGAACAGUAUCAUGGAGGCCAUCCAACAUGGGGUGCCCAUGGUGGGCAUCCCUGUUUUUGGAGACCAGCCAGAAAACAUGAUCCGAGUAGAAGCCAAAAAGUUUGGUGUCUCUAUUAAGUUAAAGGAGCUCAAGGCGGAGACGUUGGCUCUUAAGAUGGAACAAGUCAUAGAAGACAAGAGGUACAAGUCUGCAGCAGUGGCCGCCAGUGUCAUCAGACGCUCCCACCCCCUGACCCCUGCCCAGCGGCUGGUGGGCUGGAUCGACCACAUCUUGCAGACAGGGGGCGCGGCACACCUCAAGCCCUAUGCCUUCCAGCAACCCUGGCAUGAGCGGUACCUGCUGGAUGUCUUCAUGUUCCUGCUGGGGCUCACUCUGGGCUCCGUGUGGCUUUGUGGGAAGCUGCUGCAUGUGGUGUCCAGGUGGCUGUGUGGGGCCAGGAAGCUGAAGGAGACAUGAGGCCGAGUACAGUCCUGGAAGACAGAUGUGUUUGGUGCUCAGUAUCCCCAUUUCUUGGAGGCUUCCCACUAGUUCAGGCAACCCUGUUCCCCACAUCACAUCCACUUGCUAAUUUGCUACAAAUUCCUCCUCGUGGGCUUUGUCCUGUUAGCAGAAUCUUUACCAAGUACUUAUGUCCUUUCUUCACCAGUCAGCAAGGGCUGUGCUGUGAUUCUGUCUCUGAGUGACUUGGACCAUCGACCCUCAGAUUUCCAGCUUUCAGACCCACUCGCCUUCUCUGGCCCCUCUGGGCAUCACUAAGCCUAACCAUCCCAGCCUCCCUGUCCAGAUCUCAGCCUCUUGCUCUCACUCCUGCCCCCAGCACUUGUCAGGGAAUAUUUUUCCAAAUUUUCCCUGGUCUUUGCUGCUCCUGUACACUCAGUGCUCAGGAAGCCUGUGUCAUGCAUAUGCAUUCAGGGUCGGGCCCACCCUUGGAGAGCUUCAUAUGUGGAACCUUCCUCUGGUGCUCACAGAUAGCUCCUUGUUGGCUGAUCAGACAGGGAGACUUGGGGUUUCCAGAUUUCCGGGAAAUUAAAAGUUUUUAAAGAAUAUUUCCCCUGCAACCCACACUGCCCCACUGGCGAAUGGAUAUCUGUCCUAAUUGCCCAUAUUUCUGUCAUCUGGCUCUCAAGCCUACAAGGAAGCUGGAAAGUGUCUGCAUUGGCAGGUGACAAGGACAAAGGGAUCUGGGACUGGCUGUGGGGUAAUCCAACCUGUAGUGUCUGAAGAACAUGGAAAAUAGCCAAACAAUACUCCAGAAUGGACAAUUUUCUGAUGUUUUUGUCUUGGCCUAUGUUUAUACAUUAAAUCAGCAAGGAAUCUUGGACAUAAGGGGAAUACAAUCUUUUGUUUCUUGGUUAUAGUCUCUGGCUGGGCCUGAGGAAGCACAUGACACUGAGCUGGGCUCAAUGACUUUCUGAGUCUGAUGGGGACCCCUAGAUAGGCAGAAGGAGCAGGUGAUUUCAGUGCUGGAGCCCCAGCCCUUGAUCCCUGUAUAGAUGAGAAGAGGGAAGGAAUCAUGGAACCGAGGCUGUGAAACCAAAGAGAGCACAGAGAGGGCUACAUGUUGUUACCCACCAGUGGACACUAAGCCUUAAGUGUUAUAAGAAGGGUAUAAGCCACCCUAUUUAUGGUUGUGUAGAAAUAUGAUUUCCAAAUGGAUUCUCUUUUCAGUCAGUUGGCUCUGUCCUCUGUACAGAAGAUUUUGUACUAAUGAGUGGGAGAUAUGUGUCCACGUGAAGAUGUCCCCACAAGUACAGAAGAAUGGGGACUUGAAACUUGCUCAUAGGCACUAGAAUUCACCUUAGCAUUCAUGCAUGGUGUUUUUAAUUAAGCCUACCCCACUGUUUGCUAGCUCUCACCACUUUUGUUGGUAUGAAGGUUUAGAAAAUGCUGAGGUAGGUGUCAGGAUGGAGGAUAUGGAACAUUCAGAGGGACUUUUCCCAUACGGGGUCUCCACAAUCUCUUGUAAUUAGAUAACAGAUUCAGUAAAAAGAUCAACCAGAAGAGAAAACAAGCCAUGUAACUGAG